UGCGGUGAACGAAUUUGUGAAUCCCAUGAAUUCUGUAUAUUGCCACUACAAAACAAUGGAAUAUGCAGGAUUCAUGAGGUUCACAAACUCAUUUACCGCACUAAUUCGAAAACAGCGAUAA